GCGAGAUGCACUCUUUGCAAUGCAGAGAUUGAUUCAGGCUCCUUGAUCCCUAAUCUUGCUCUCAGAGCAGCAGCAGCAGCAGUGAGGAGUGAAGAUGAAAGAAGACUAUUUCAUAAUACUCAUCUCAGAAAACGUAGGAAAGAAGGGGGUGAACAAAUGGACCCACCAAAGAAACCAGGAAAGGAAAAUGGUGAAAUGAAUGUUGAUGGCCAUACUGCCAAGCAUUUAAAAGGCGUUCAGUUUCCAUUUGCAGUUAACGAGAAAGUUCUGAUUAAGGGCAACAGGAGAACACCUGAUAAGUUCGUUGGAAGGGAAGCCAUUAUUACUUCGCUGUGCUUAAAUGGGUG